AAAUUCACACGAAGAAAAACAUUGGAUGAACCCCAACGAAGAAGAGGGAGUGGGUGUCUCGCUUUCUCUACUGUCUCUGGCGUUACAACCCUGCGCCUCUUCCCCAUCGAGACAACAUAGGAAACUAGCCAUAUAGCUAGCUGUUGUUUAUCUUUUGAUAAAGAUGUCAACCACGACCGGCGGCGGAGAGUUUGGCAACCCCUUGCGGAAAUUUAAGCUCGUAUUCUUAGGCGAGCAAAGUGGUAAGUGUAGGUGUAUUCAAGGCAUGUUAUGUGGUUAUUUGUUUUCUGGCGUUUUGGUUAGAGUACCGCCAGCUGGCAUUAGCCUAGCUGUUACAGUAGGUAGGUAGCUAGCUAGCCAGGCCGAGGCAGAACGAUGAGGCUUUAAACAACUCAGACGAUGCCUUGUUAGGUUAACUAUAUUUUAGCCAAGGCCUCUAACACGCAAAUGGAACUUGCUAGCUAGAUAUUCCAUUGAAUCAGGAAAAUGUGUUGCUUGAGACGUUGCCCAAGAAGAUGCCAACGUAUAUAGCAAGCAAGCCAAGUCAUGCAUAUCUCGUAACUAAGUUGGCUAGCUACAGUACAUUACUGAAUUGUCGGUGUCAUUCACUAACGUUAGUUGAAGUUACACAUGCUUCUGCUGGGUAGUUAGACUUAUUUAGUUAGCUAACUAACUUAUGUGAAUGUUUUUAUGUUUACUUGCCAGCUUCAGCUUGUGUGGAGUCAUGUAGCUAACUUUAACAGUUGGAUAGCUAGCUAACGUUAACUUUACUAAGCCACGUCUGUUAGCAAAGGGAGCCUAGUAACGUUAGCUUGGCUUCAAACGCACUGGGCCGCUUAUUCAACCGUGACCAUUUCCAGUGACGUCAACAUUCAGAUAAAUAAAACAGACAUAUGGAAUAUUAUUUCCUCAAACGAAUCUUAAUUUAGUCCCAAAACCGUGUAUCGAUUUUCCUGUCCAUUUUUGCUAGCUAUCUCUUCCAUUCGUGGCUCCACCCUUGCCAGCUCAGCGCCGUGGGUUCAGUAGUCCAUCGGUCCAGCGAUUCGUUUUUAGAUAUUUUAUCAUACCAAUAAACGAUAUAAUCACAUAUAGGAUCACUUAACGCAUGGUCACUGUCAGUAUUGUCAAUGGUUUUAAGUAGCUAAAUGCUCAUAAUAAAAUAAUUCGGCCUAGGCUAAGUUUAUUACUGUUCCUCUCAAAUUGCAGUUCCACAGAGGAUCGUGCAUAAUUUAGUAAAUGGACAAUUCUAUGGUAACUGCAUAAUUUAGCAAAUGGGCAAUGACAUGGUAACAGAAUGAUGCUGAGACUCAGAUUUUCCCCUUUAAAAUGUAUGCCAAACAAAAACCAAUUAUUGUAAAUUAAAUAAACCAUACAACUGUAUGCACAAGGACGGCUUUUAACCAUUUCCACUGAAAAUUAAGGGUCAGACACAGAGAAAUAUGACUGCUGAUAACGUUAGGUACUUAGAAUCUCUGCCCAGAGUGUAAGCAGUUAACAUUUUGUUGUUCACAUAGAACAGUUUUACCAAAGACAGUACAGUAUGAAGAUAAGCAAAAACUGCUUCUCCAAUAGAAUUCUUGAUCACACUUGUAGGAGAUGUCAUGGCAACGUUGGCUAACUGCGCAGAAAUAGGUAAUCGGGUCUAACGGUCUUCUCGCGCGGAACUGCUCUUAUGCAGGACGUCAAAUUAAAGACACUCUUCGAUAUAAAGUAGUUUUUGACGAAACUGAAACGUGUCAGUUUGUAAUUUUCACGAGAUUGGAGUAAUAACAUGUUCAUCUACUUAAGACAUUGGGUCGAAUCUAGGUUUAACUCUACCCACAUGUACAAAUUACCUAGACUAACUAGUGCCCGACUCACAUUGACUCUGUACCGGUACCCCCUGUAUAUAGCCUCCCUACUGUUAUUUUAUUUGACUGUUGCUCUUUAAUUAUUUUAUUUUUUUACUUGUACACUUUUUAUUUAACACUUAUUUUUCUUAAAACUGCAUUGUUCGUUAAGGGUUUGUAAGUAAGCAUUUCACUGUAAGGUCUACAUCUGUUGUAUUCAGAGCAUGUGGCAAAUACAAUUUGAUUUGAGGUUGUGCCUUUAGGUUUAGAGAAAAUUAAAACCUAAGGAAAGAAAUGUCACUUCUAUAACCCCAGCCUGGUCUGUUUUCACAAGCAUUCCCGGAAGUCACGCAAUGUUGCGCCUCUGGGUUUAGAAAAGCUGCGGUUUUACCUCCGAUUUGCGUUGUUGAAAUACUCCAGGCCACAAGGUGGCAGUAGCUUGUUUGGCUUGUGCCUGCUGUAGCUAAUGUAAGCUAACUAGCCAGCAGCGCUAAUGUUGUUGCUAGUUGGCUAGCUAGAAUUUGUAGUAAGCCCUUGUUGAUACUUACCAGAUGGCCACAACUAGAUAACUAGUGUAACUAGCAACAUUAUAAUAAAAUAAAAAUGUAUUUGUUUUUUAAUGAAGCAGCUGCCUGUUAGCUGUCAAGAGUCAGAGUAGAUGGCUUGCUAUGUUGUAGGGCAGUUGUGACCAACCUUUUCUGAGUCAGGAUCACUUUUGGAGUCAAAAAGCAAGCUGAGAUCUACUGCUCAGAUUUUUGUUUUAAACAUGACUUAAAAAAUGUAAGCCUAUGCAACCUUAACCUAAUAAAAACAGUUCUGUAGGAAUGAGGUUUGUGUUAAGUAAUAUUAAGUCACUUCAACCAAACUGGCAAUGCACAGUCUGGAGUGUGUUAAUUCAAUUAUAAAACGGAUCCCAACAUUUUUUUUUUUUUUUUUUUACUAUUGGCUAUAGUGUUCUUCUCAGACCUUGUUAUAUUUCAAAAAACAUUUUAUCAGUUGUAUCCCUUAUGAGGCACAGCUCAGCAUAAAUGGAAAUAAUUUGCUAAUAAUUAGCGUUUUUAUUUUACUGCACUGAUUGUAUACCUGCAUCUGAUGGUCAGUCUCAGCGGAGGGAGGGCGAGAGCAGCAGAGGAUCCGCCUUUCACUGUCCCUGCUCUCUCCCUCCCUCCGGUGAGACUGACCAGAGAGAGGGGACAGUCUUCCACCUGAUGGCGACACUCGAGUCGCAUUGCAUUAUUUCUGCCUCAUGCACAGAUUUAUGUUGUUCCUAUGACCAGAGUAAGUGAAAUGUUCCUCAAUAUUAAAAUAGACAUGACGAGCUGCUAAUAAUAAACUGCAGGCCUAUCGAUACACUUGGCUACUAAUUAAUUGCAGCUGCAGUGCUGGUUGUAGUGCGAGUGGAAGUAGGUAGAAGCCUUUUUAUGCUUUGUAAAAGUGUUGAAUAAAAGUGUUUUCUGUAUUCUUUGACAGUCUCUCAAUGUUCAUGGUUUUAAAAUUAAUGAAAUCUCACAUAGGCUAGUAUGAAACUUUGGUUUGGGGUCGUGGAUGCUUUAGGCAUGGUGAUUUGAGCUAUCCGAUUGUCCAGCGCAGUAGGCACAUUUGAUUUAGCUCUACUGGUCCCCCGGGUAGUCAGUUUAUCCCUGAAUGAAUGAAAACUUUCCAAAUGGGAACACUUUGCCUACCUGGUGCGCAGGGCUUGUGAAUCAAGUGCACCUACCGCCAACAGUGCAAGACGAAUACAUUUUUUAAAAAUAGGACCGCAAGGCUUUAUCAUUGGCUUUUCUACAGAAAUGUUUGGUGAUCGACUAGGUUGGUGACCACUGUUGUACUCUUUCAUUCAAGGUUUAUAGAAUUGUUUAUUCAAUAGAGAAUUGCAUCAGAAAAACAAUAGCCCAAACCCAUGUCUCUACCAUAUAUGGGUCAGAUGUUUGACGAUUUACUCUGAUACUUUAGCAUGAUUAGCGUGAAUCGCUUGUCACGGCCAUGGUCAAAAAGUGGUCACUGCUCAAUAGAACUGUCAUGCUUUGCGGGCAGAACGGAGCAAACGUCGAACACCAACUGACAAGCUAGUUAGUGGCUGGAGGUUAGGUUGAUAACAUGGGCUUUCUCUAAAUGAAAUCUGUGGAAUACAAAACAAAAUUGGGCAUAUAUACUGUACUAAAAUAUAAACGCAACAUGCAACAAUUUCAAAGAUUUUACUGAGUUACAGUUCAUAUAAGGAAAUCAGUCAAUUGAAAUAAAUAAAUUAGGCCCUAAUCUAUGGAUUUCACAUGACUGGGAAUACAGAUAUGCAUCUGUUGGUCACAGAUACCUUAAAAAAAGGUAGGGGCAUGGAUCAGAAAACCAGUCAUUAUCUGGUGUGACUGCCAUUUGCUUCAUUUUGUCCCACUCCCCUUCAAUGGCUGUGCGAAGUUGCUGGAUAUUGGCGGGAACUGGAACACGCUGUCGUACACGUCGAUCCAGAGUAUUCCUAACAUGCCCAAUGGUUGACAUGUCUGAGUAUGCAGGCCAUGGAAGAACUGGGACAGUUUCAGCUUCCAGGAAUUGUGUACAGAUCCUUGCGACAUGGGACCGUGCAUUAUCGUGCUGAAACAUGAGGUGAUGGCGGCGGAUCAAUGGCACGACAAUGGGCCUCAGAUCUCGUCACAGUAUCUCUGUGCAUUCAAAUUCCCAUCGAUAAAAUGCAGUUGUGUUUGUUGUCCGUAGCUUAUGCCUGCCCGUGCCAUAAGCCCACCGCCACCAUGGGGCACUCUGUUCACAAUGUUGACAUCAGCAAACCGCUCGCCCACAUGACGCCAUACACGUGGUCUGCGGUUGUGAGGCCGGUUGGACGUACUGCCAAAUUCUCUACAACGACGUUGGAGGCAGCUUAUGGUAGAGAAAUUAACAUUCAGUUAUCUGGCAACAGCUCUGGUGGACAUUCCUACACUCCGCAUGCCAUUUGCGUGCUCCCUCAAAACUUGAGACAUCUGUGGCAUUGUGUUGUGACAAAACGGCACAUUUUAGUGGCCUUUUAGUGUCCCCAGCACAAGGUGCACCUGUGUAAGGAUCAUGCUUCUUGAUAUGCCAAACCUGUCAGGUGGAUGGGUUAUCUUGGCGAAGGAUAAAUGCUCAUCGACAGGGAUGUAAACACAUUUGUGCACAAAAUCUGAGAGAAAAAAGUUUUUUGUGCGUAUGGAAAAUGUAUGGGAUCUUUUUUAUUUCAGCUCAUGAAACAUGGGACCAACAUUUAACAUGUUGCGUUUAUAUUUUUGUUCAGUGUGUGUGUGUAUAUAUAUAUACACUGCUCAAAAAAAUAAAGGGAACACUUAAACAACACAUCCUAGAUCUGAAUGAAUGAAAUAAUCUUAUUAAAUACUUUUUUCUUUACAUAGUUGAAUGUGCUGACAACAAAAUCCCACAAAAAUUAUCAAUGGAAAUCAAAUUUAUCAACCCAUGGAGGUCUGGAUUUGGAGUCACGGGCCGGACCGGACUAGGAACACACACCACUGGCUUGGUGCGAGGAGCAGGGCCGGGCCGGACUGGCGACACGCACCACUGGCUUGUGCGGGGAGCAGGCACGGGCCGUACCGGACUGGGAACACGCACCACUAGCUUGGUGCGAGGAACGGGCCGGGCCGGACUAAAAGAAACACCGACCGGACAAGUAGAUGCGUAAUGGAAUAUGGUCAUUGUAGUUAGUUUAGCGCAUAAAACGUGGUAAUUAUGUAGAAUAUUGGCAUGUUGGGAAACUAUAACUCCCUACUACAUCGCACAGUUCAGGCUGGGUCUGAUUUGUCUCUAGAGAAACUGCUAUGUGCGCAUUGAGCUCACCAAAAAAAUUCAAUGCAAAUAAUUGAACAGAUGUUGGUAAAUUAGUUGUUAAAAACAAACAAACACCAGAACUGACAUUUUGGUGAAUCGCUCAGCACUACUGGUAGGGCUUUGUUUGACUUUCUUUCCUUGAUUACUCUCAUCAUAUCUCCGCAACUAGUGGAGGAGAAGGUACAAGGUACCUGACCUUCUUCUCCAAUGGGUUUAGAGAAUGAGAGGAGUCGAGGAAGGAUGAACUAAGACCGAGGCUAGCAGUCACCUGUCAACUAGCUCACGUGCUUCACACUCACCCCUCUGCUACACUUACUGCCCUCCUCUUUCUCCGCAUCAACCUCCGCAGCCAGCAGAGCAGACUGUGAACUGAGUCAAUCUAGCACCCACAUAAUUCAUUUUGUCGGUAUUUAAUUCUGCUACAUUGACUCAGAUCACACAAAUACACGUUUUAAAGUGUAUACCAAUCAAUUGGACAAGUAUCGGUCGACUAAGAUUUUUUUUUACUCUGGGAGAAUCUUAGUAGCUCCCUCUUGAAUUGACUUGGUUUUUCCCUACAUUCUAGAGCAGUGCGUGAACGCCCUAUAUGUUGCGAUGCUAACUGUUAAGCUAAUGUUAGCUAGCAAGCGAACUGGUAUUGACUGUAUGGGAUAAUGGAGAGUGAAUUAAUAAUUUCUUCAUCUUGCUAGAUGGCUAGCUUGGUCAAGCAUUUAGUGUUGUGUGCAUUGUGCUGCAUUUACCACCACAUUCGUUUCAUAUAAAGUGUGUGUGACUGCCUGGCUCAGUUUGCAAGCUAACGCUAACUAAUGAGCAGGUAUACAUUAUCAAACUGAACCUAAUAAAAAAAUCCUUCAAGCACAAAACUAAUUAGCUAGAUGUAAAGACUUGCUCUAGAAAAAAUGAUUAUAAAGUAAACUAUUAUGCAGCGUUAUUAUUUUAGUUACAACAAUUCUGAUGAAAAGGUGAUGGAUUACUUCUGUCGGCUCCCCCAUGUAGAGGUGUGUGCUCUCUGAUUGGCCCAAAGUGAAGUUCUCGGCCACUGACGAGCAUUGCGAUUCUACAAGUAGAAACGGCAGGGUCAUCGGUACACACCAGGGGCAUCUUUUGUUCUAGCAAGAAAAGGAAUGGCCUCCUACUUUGCUAAGUACCUAUCGGCAGUCAGAUUUCUAUGUGUGUCUGCACCAUUACAAAGAACAGUGCCGAUGCAAAGUUUGGUAAGAGAAUGACGGCACGAACAGCACAAACGGUCAUUCUGUUACCAAACUUUGCAUCUGCACUGUUCUUCAAGUAAACAUGUUUUUGUAAAAUCUUUAGUGGAAAGUAAUAAUAAUAAUAAUAAUAAUAAUAUGCCAUUUAGUAGACGCUUUUAUCCAAAGCGACUUAGUCAUGCGUGCAUCAAUUAUUUUUUUUUGUGUAUGGGUGAUCCCAGGGAUCAAACCCACUACCUUGGCGUUACAAGCGCCGUGCUCUACCAGCUGAGCUACAGAGGACCACAGAAUAGUCAUUGUGCAUAGGGCUGUAUGGUUUAUUUAACUUUGCAAUCAUUGGUUUUUGUUUGACAUACAUUUUUAAAGUGAAAAACUACUGUGGAAUUGCCCAAAUGUCAAUGUUAACUAAAUGCUCUUUGCUCUGCCUGUCUGUCUUUACAGUGGGGAAGACAUCGCUUAUCACCAGGUUUAUGUAUGACAGCUUUGACAACACCUAUCAGGUACAUUACCUUAUCUCAAGUACAGUACUGGUAAUUCAUUGCAUGUAAACUAACACAUAACAUGAGUAAUAUUAGUUGGCAUGCACACCGUUCUAAGCUCUUUGGGUUCUUUUGCUUGGGGGGAAAUGUUUGCCUUUGAGAGCCGUGUUCUGUUUUUAGAACCUGGUAGUAGCUUGCAUAAAAUCUGCUACAAAGCUGAAUAAGGACACAAGGCCAUCCCUCUUCUGCAUUUUCUUGAAUGUAGUACAGCCAUAUGAUGUCUGAGGAGAAUGUUUUUUGUCUUGCAGGCAACAAUUGGCAUAGACUUUUUAUCAAAAACGAUGUACCUGGAAGAUCGUACGGUAGGUACCACUUUGUUUCUAUAUCAUUGCAUCACUUGGAGCCUUUCAUUUGAAACCAUUUCACAUGUCCCUUGAGUUUGUUCCCCUGCAUAAACAUUGUAUGUCGCUCUACAUGCCACUGUCAAAAAGGGGCUUAGGUAGUCUGUGUUUUAUCCCAUCCCAACUAGACUGCUUGUUUAGUAUGGACGUAGAAUAACUAUCAUUUGCAGUUUCACUAUCAGUUUUCAUGAAGCCCAUCAAGUUUUCUUUCCUGCCAUGAUUCUGUUUUUAGUUCCAUCAUCAUUAUACGUUUUUUUUUCUCUGUCCACCCCUCCCCUCCAUCCCCAUGGCUGGGUUUCGAACUGUGUCCGCUCCUCGGUUUGUUGCGCGGUUGGCCACAGAUUCGGCUCCAGCUGUGGGAUACGGCCGGGCAGGAGCGGUUCCGCAGCCUCAUCCCCAGCUACAUCAGAGACUCAGCCGCUGCUGUGGUGGUUUAUGACAUAGCAAGUAGGUAUCACGUCCCUGUCCUUCUCUCAGUGGACGGAAGGGGAGAACAGGGCAAACAGCAUUUCCACAGCUUGGCAACGUCACUGGACUGUAGCAAUGAGUUGAACCAGACUUGCUUGUGGUCAGUGAGGAAUCGGAUCAGGAAAUAGAUUAUUGGCGCUUCAGGGCUUCCAUUCCCUGCAAAUUCUAUGCAACUCUAAAGUGAGUAGAUGUUGUAGAUUACUUUGUUAGUGCAAUGUUUCCUCUACGUUUCUCCCAAUAGGUAAAAAUAGGCCUAUAGAGGGGGGUGAUGGAACUCUCAAGCUCAGUACAUCCAGUGGUGCUUGUGGAAAUGUUGUCCCUAAAGGGGCUUUUCUAAGGAAUGAGGGAAAUGCUAGCAGAGGUUACCAGCAACAUUUGGUUGACUUUAAUUGCACCAAAAGCAUUGAUUUGGAACAUUUGCCAUCCGUAAUAGGUCACUAAAAAGCGUCAACAUUGGGAACAGGUCAUCUGCUAGCUAAAUGGGAAACCUUUUCCUAUUCCAGGAUGCAUGAUCAUUUUCACCUCUGCUGCCUCGCUGUUCUCUUGCAACUCUUUUAUGUCAAUCCUCUUCUCCAUUUUCCCCUUUGCGUCUGUCCCCUGUUUCUCCUCCUCCUCCUCCGUCCCAAUCCCCAGGUCCGACUCCAGCUCUGGGACACUGCUGGACAGGAGCGUUUCCGUAGCCUCAUUCCCAGCUACAUCCGCGACUCCACCAUCGCUGUGGUGGUUUAUGACAUCACCAGUGAGUCAGAGCCUCCAGGCCUAGUUAAAGCUGUGCUCUCAUCACUGUAGUGGGGGUGGGCAACUGGGACAUUACAUUGGGAUGGAGGUUGUUGUCUUCUAUAACACAGUAGCAAACCUCAACAGCCUUUAAUGUAUGAGUAAUGUUGCUAUUAUUGGAGGCAGUUAGUGUCACAAUGCCAUGUAGGGACUUAAAUGAUGCAACUUCAUGGGGUUUAGGGAGUUUUUCCUUGAAUUAACAGUGGCGUGGGGACUACUAUUCCUUUCUGUGCUUAAACUUAACUUACUGUUUACUUUUGCUUACUAACACCUGGCUACUCUGCUGAAAUCAACUGUACUUUCAAUGAAGACCAACGACUGUUCUGAUUUGCAAAUAUAUCUCACGUUAUUAAUAACCCCUUCACUCUUGAGUUCAUACCUCCAUACGAUAUUUUAAGUGAUCAUGCUCAUUCUAUACGCGUUCUAAAUUGCUACGUGUCUUCCCCUCAGAUCUCAACUCAUUCCAGCAAACCUCAAAGUGGAUUGAUGACGUCAGAACAGAGAGAGGAAGUGAUGUCAUUAUCAUGCUUGUGGGAAACAAAACAGACUUGGCUGAUAAAAGGUACAUGGUGGUGUGUGUGUGUGUGUGUGUGUGUGUGUGUGUGUGGCGAGAGUAGUUGGUGUGGUGUUAAACAGGUUGGUGUGGUGGUAAACAGCAAUGUGGUCCCUGAACUAAAUGUCGACCUGUUUGACAACAGUUGUAUGUAUGAAGCCUUUGUCAAAGCCUGGUUCCUCCCUCCUCCCUUGAAUGUAUUUGGCAUCCCAUCUUAUUUUUGAUUUUACUGAGUAUAUUGCACAACAUAAUACAUUUUCAUGUGUUUUAUGAUUUUGAUCUAUUGAACUUCAAACAUUACUCCAUGCUGACCCUGGUUACUAUUUGGUGAAAGGAAAAUUCCACCCCAAAACAUAUCUUGAAAACAUGAGCGCUGACAAGCAAACAUUUUGGGACUAUUUCAACUAAUGAAACGAAUACUAAAAGCUAGUUUUGGGGUUGAGUUUUCCUUUAAGCCUUUUAGUUUCAGUCAAAUUUUUGUUUUUAUUUUUUUGUUCCCUCUCCCCGGUGUCUCCCCAUGUCACUUUGAUUUGGUGUCCACUCCCAACCCACUGCCACCACCCUCCCCUCCUGUCCCUCCCCCUGGGACCAUGGCAGACAAGUAUCUGUUGAGGCUGCAGAGAGGAAAGCUCGUGAACUCAAUGUGAUGUACAUAGAGACCAGCGCCAAGGCUGGCUAUAACGUCAAACAGGUGGGUGUCCAGCUACCACCAGCAGGUGUACAGAACAGCUCAUUAUGAUCCUCUUAGGAAGAAUCAUUUGUGAUGUACAACGUGGAUUAGAGGACCGAGUGACUGUACUGUGAGUGAUUGUUUCUCUAUAUCGUGUCAAACUGUUCCAUCUUCUCAGCAAAGCUGUUCCCUCUCCUAUCCCUUUGUUUCUCAGAGAUAUGACCAAACUAACCCUCUCUCUUUCUAACCAAAAACUGGAAUCUCUGAGCUCUUUUUUUCUCUCUCUCCAUCUCUCCCUUCCCCCUCGGCCUGUCCUCUUUCAUGUCUGUCUAUCUCUCCGCCUCUCGGCUGUGGCCUGAGCAGACAGAUCACCACGGAAGAGGGCGAGCAGAGAGCUAAGGAACUGAAUGUCAUGUUCAUUGAAACCAGCGCAAAGACUGGCUACAAUGUCAAACAGGUAGAGCUUCUGUUCACUCAGGAUCGUCCAGCCCAAUCUGCCCUCCUAGCGUCAGCUGCCUCUUUCACAACUUCUAGUUUUCCCUCUUCUCUCUCUUUUCACUUGGCUCCUCAUGGCGUGUCCCCCUCCUUUCUGCAUUGUGAUUCCCCUCAGUGCUCAGGUGUUGUUGUCAUUCACGUCCACUGCUUUAGAACGCUUCAGCGUCAAUUGUACUGCACUGUCUAGCUCCAUGUUGUUGUUGUUGGGUUUUUCUCUUAUUUUACCUCGUUCCACAAAAUGUCUGCUUCUCACAGUUUCCAAGAUUUUUUCAUGUGUAAUAAAUACCCAAAUCAGUUUUGUCCGAUGCAUGUAGCCCUAUGUACAAAUAUAUACUGUAUGUUUAUUUUUUUUAAAUGGAAAUAUUGACUUUCCAGUAGAUGAUACCAUCUACACUGAGUAUACAAAACAUUAAGAACACCUGCUCUUUCCAUGACAGACUGACCAGGUGAAAGCUAUGAUCCCUUAUUGAUGUCACUUGUUAAAUCAGUGUAGAUGAAGGAGAUGAGACAGGUUUUAAAGAAGGAUUUGUAAGCCUUGAGACAAUUGAGACAUGGAUUGUGUGUGUGUGCCAUUCAGAGGGAGAAUGGACAAGACAAAAUACUUGAGUGCCUUUGAACGGGGUAUGAUAGUAGGUGCCAGGAGCACCGGUUUGUGUCAAGAACUGCAACACUGCAGGGUUUUUCACGCUCAACAGUUUCCCGUGUGUAUCAAGAAUGGUCCACCACCCAAAGGACAUCCAGCCAACUUGACACAACUGUAGGAAGCAUUGGAAUCAACACGGGCCAGCAUCCCUGUGGAACGCCUCCAACAACUCAAUACUAGGAAGGUGUUCCUAAUGUUUGGUAUACUGUGUGUAGUUCUUCACUGUUAUGUGGCCAACUUUACAUUAUUGAUGCAUUGUGUGGAAGGGCUGUUUUUGCUCCACUGAUUAUUUUCUUGUGGUUCCACAGCUGUUUCGUCGUGUCGCUGCAGCCCUUCCGGGGAUGGAUAGCACACCAGAGAAGAGCAAAGAGGACAGUAUCCUUUCACAAAGCCCCGAGGCAGAAUGGUUUGGAACAUGUUUGAGCUCAACAUGUAAUCAACACUCCAGAAAUGCUUCAGUAGUUAGGUUUCUAUCCAAUUAACAGAUUGUCAUGCGAAUAUUGAAAAAUCUCCAGAGAUGUUUCCAUCAAAUGUACUUGUUGUGGAUAAAAGGCUGUGCGUGAUGACUUAGUGCACAUAAAAAUAGCUUUUGCCGUUAAAUUCCUUAUGUACCGAAAAAAUAUAAAUAAUAAAGGGUUUACAUCGCAUUUUCAACUCUACUAAUGGUUUUGUCACAAAAAAUAUUGCGUUUAUAUAGUGAAUGUGCCCUCUCUGGUCUUAGCCCGUGCACUCUAGCCAACAGAUCGCAGAUACAGUGCGGGUAUAGCUUACAUUAUGAGAUUAUUAUGGACAAAAGAGCUAGAUUAUUUUUAUGUCAAACGGCAGGCAAGCGUCGAUCAUGUCACCAGAAUAAGACCCUCAAUAUUUAUUGGAAAGGAGCAUCAAGCUCAUCACCUUGCACUUUCACCACCCUGUGAAGGUCAUCAUUUAUUUCAUCUGUAGCCUAAUAACUGCAUGCUUUCCCGAGUUGUAGUGGGAAGACCACACAACAUAUCGUCACGUGACUCCAAGUUUACUUCAAUAUGAUGGUUAUUAUAUCAAUAUUUGCGCAUUAAAGCGUUUCCGCCGCCAUUCAUUUAUUUUACAAAGAUCCCACCUUCUCUAGCGUAUUUUGUUUUGUAGACAUUUAGAAAGUUUAUAGACAAAUGUGCUGUUUCCAUCAGGCCUGUCUUGCCAUUUUGGUACUUUACUCGCAUGAAAGUUUGGAUGGAAACCUGGGUGUCUGUUGUAAUCUAUUGCAUAUGGAUUUAAUUUUGUUAAAUUUGCGGAUAAUAUUUGAGUCAUUAAAAAAAAAAUGAUACAUGAAAUGACAGUCAUGAAUAAUAUUCCUUAACCAUCUCCUCUCUCAGUGAUCGAUAUCAAACUGGAGAAGCCACCAGAGAUGGCGGUGACGGAGAGCAGCUGCUCCUGCUAGUAAACACCUCACCCCCCCACCUGACCUGCCUCCUCC